GAGGUGGGGUGGAGUCAAACUUUGCUGGGCCUGCGGAGAACAGUUUCUCAAUAGGGUCAUUUUGGAGAAGCAGAUGUUUUGGGGAGGGGAUCUAAGCUGUGGCUUUGUGGGAUCGGGGAUUUUUACCUUCCUGCGGGAUUUUGAAUGGUCCUGGUUUUAUCAGGGCCGCAGCCCGGGUUGUGCUUAUGCACGGCAUAUUUAGUGGGAUAAUCUGAAUACAUGUUUUUAAAAUCUCACAUGGAUUGUGUUAAUUAGACUGGAUCCCGAAACCUCAAUAAUGUGCUUGCAUCGGUAGUAUAUUCAAAAGCGCUAUCUGUUCAUGGCUUUUGCUUCAGAAGCGUUUUCCUGGUAGACAAAUUAGGCAUCUUUUUCUUUCUUGUCCACACCAGGAAUAAAAUGGAUUUUGUUUCUAUGAGGCCUUGUCCUGUCUCUUUGUUUUGGACCCUUCAAACUGGACAAGCAUUUCUCUGCUCUACCAUUUCUCCAGCCGGAUGCAUUAAAUACCUAAUGGCCAGUGAUCCAUGCUGAAGAGGCUGCAUUCAUUCCGAUGAGCCCAGGGUCAGGGUGGCCCUUGCAAGCCAGAUAGUGGGUUGGCCACCUGCCCGGCAGAAUGCCAUCCACCAACCGAGCGGGCAGCCUGAAGGACCCGGAAAUCGCGGAACUCUUCUUCAAGGAAGACCCAGAGAAGCUCUUCACGGAUCUCCGAGAGAUCGGCCAUGGAAGCUUUGGAGCGGUGUAUUUUGCACGUGACGUGCGCACCAACGAAGUGGUGGCCAUCAAGAAGAUGUCCUACAGUGGGAAGCAGUCCAACGAGAAGUGGCAGGAUAUCAUUAAAGAAGUCAAGUUCCUGCAAAGGAUUCAGCAUCCAAACAGUAUAGAAUACAAAGGCUGCUAUUUGCGGGAGCACACGGCCUGGCUUGUCAUGGAAUACUGUCUAGGUUCGGCAUCAGAUUUAUUAGAAGUCCACAAGAAGCCGUUGCAGGAGAUCGAAAUCGCCGCAAUUACACACGGCGCACUCCAAGGUUUAGCAUAUUUGCAUUCCCACAACUUGAUCCAUAGAGAUAUCAAGGCAGGGAAUAUCCUGCUCACGGAACCGGGCCAGGUGAAGCUUGCGGACUUCGGCUCUGCUUCCAUAGCCUCUCCGGCCAAUUCCUUUGUGGGGACGCCAUAUUGGAUGGCCCCAGAAGUGAUUUUGGCCAUGGAUGAAGGGCAGUACGAUGGCAAGGUGGACGUCUGGUCCCUGGGAAUAACCUGCAUUGAGCUGGCGGAAAGGAAGCCCCCCUUGUUUAAUAUGAACGCAAUGAGUGCCUUAUAUCACAUAGCGCAGAAUGAAUCCCCUGCACUCCAGUCCAGCGAAUGGUCUGAUUAUUUCCGAAACUUUGUAGAUUCUUGUCUCCAGAAAAUCCCCCAGGACAGGCCAACGUCGGAGGAGCUCCUAAAGCACGUCUUUGUCCUCCGGGAGCGCCCAGAGACAGUGUUGAUAGACCUCAUCCAGCGGACCAAGGACGCCGUCCGGGAACUGGACAACCUUCAGUACCGCAAGAUGAAGAAGCUCCUGUUCCAGGAGGCGCACAACGGGCCGGCGGCCGAGGCCCAGGAGGAGGAGGAGGAGCAAGAGCACGGCGUGGGCCGCACCGGGACUGUGAACAGUGUUGGGAGCAACCAGUCCAUCCCCAGCAUGUCCAUCAGCGCCAGUAGCCAAAGCAGCAGCGUGAACAGUCUUCCAGACGCCUCGGACGACAAGAGCGAGCUGGACAUGCUGGAGGGCGACCACACGGUGAUGUCCAACAGCUCCGUCAUCCACCUGAAGCCAGAGGAAGAAAACUUCAGAGACGAUUCGGACGCCCGGUCAAGAACGUCGGAACCGCAGUCUCCACCCCAAGUGUCUCGCCACAGGUCCCACUAUCGCAACCGAGAGCACUUUGCUACCAUACGCACAGCGUCACUGGUGACGAGGCAGAUGCAGGAGCACGAGCAGGACUCGGAGCUGCGGGAGCAGAUGUCGGGCUACAAGCGGAUGCGGCGGCAGCACCAGAAGCAGCUCAUGGCCCUGGAGAACAAGCUGAAGGCCGAGAUGGACGAGCACCGCCUCCGGCUCGACAAGGACCUCGAGACGCAGCGCAGCAACUUCGCGGCCGAGAUGGAGAAGCUCGUCAAGAAGCAUCAGGCGGCCAUGGAGAAGGAGGCAAAGGUCAUGGCCAACGAGGAGAAGAAGUUCCAGCAGCACAUUCAGGCCCAGCAGAAGAAGGAGCUGAGCAGCUUCCUGGAGUCCCAGAAGAGGGAGUACAAGCUGCGCAAGGAGCAGCUGAAGGAGGAGCUGAACGAGAACCAGAGCACCCCCAAGAAGGAGAAGCAGGAGUGGCUGUCCAAGCAGAAGGAGAACAUCCAGCACUUCCAGGCCGAGGAGGAGGCCAACCUGCUGCGGCGCCAGCGGCAGUACCUGGAGCUCGAGUGCCGGCGCUUCAAGAGGCGCAUGCUGCUGGCGCGCCACAACCUGGAGCAGGACCUCGUGCGGGAGGAGCUCAACAAGAGGCAGACGCAGAAGGACUUGGAGCACGCCAUGCUGCUGCGCCAGCACGAGUCCAUGCAGGAGCUGGAGUUCCGGCACCUGGGCGCCGUGCAGCGCAUGCGGGGUGAGCUGAUCCGCCUGCAGCACCAGACCGAGCUCGCCAACCAGCUCGAGUACAACAAGCGGCGGGAGCGGGAGCUGCGGCGCAAGCACGUCACCGAGGUCCGGCAGCAGCCCAAGAGCCUCAAGUCGAAGGAGCUCCAGAUCAAGAAGCAGUUCCAGGACACCUGCAAGAUCCAGACGCGGCAGUACAAGGCGCUGCGCAACCACCUGCUGGAGACGGCGCCCAAGAGCGAGCACAAGGCAGUGCUGAAGCGGCUCAAGGAGGAGCAGACCCGCAAGCUGGCCAUCCUGGCCGAGCAGUACGACCACAGCAUCAACGAGAUGCUCUCCACGCAGGCGCUCCGGCUGGACGAGGCGCAGGAGGCCGAGUGCCAGGUGCUGAAGAUGCAGCUGCAGCAGGAGCUGGAGCUGCUCAACGCCUACCAGAGCAAGAUCAAGAUGCAGGCCGAGGCCCAGCACGAGCGGGAGCUGCGCGAGCUGGAGCAGCGCGUGUCCCUGCGCAGGGCCCUCCUGGAGCAGAAGAUCGAGGAGGAGAUGGUGGCCCUGCAGAACGAGCGGACCGAGCGGAUCCGGAGCCUGCUGGAGCGCCAGGCGCGGGAGAUCGAGGCCUUCGACUCGGAGAGCAUGCGGCUCGGCUUCAGCAACAUGGUCCUCUCGAGCCUCUCCCCCGAGGCGUUCAGCCACAGCUACCCGGGAGCGUCCAGCUGGUCGCACCACCCCUCCGGGGCCGCGGGGCCCCACUGGGGGCACCCCACGGGGGGGCCCCCGCCCGCCUGGGGCCACCCGAUGCAGGGCGGCCCCCAGCCGUGGGGCCACCCCUCGGGGCCCAUGCAGGGCGUGCCCCGGGGCGGCUCCCUGGGCGUGCGCAACAGCCCCCAGGCCCUGCGCCGGACGGCCUCCGGGGGGCGGACGGAGCCGGGCAUGAGCCGCAGCAGCAGCGUCGCCUCGCAGAUCUCCAACGGGUCCCACAUGUCCUACACAUAGUGGCGCCAGCGCCGUUCCCGGGGCCGGACUCCGCCGGGGCUGCCUGCCCGCCCGCGCAGCCUGCCGACCGACCGACCGACCGACCGACAGACAGACACGCGCACGCUUGCACGCUCGCUCGCUCGCACGCCCCUUCCCCAGAGGCUGGCCGGGCACUGUGCGAGCGCUCCCCCGCAGGCACUCUCCGCACGCCCGGAAAGGACGCCUGGGGGCACGGCGGGGGGAGCGGAGGGCAGCCCUCCCCUGGCGGCACCGGGGGGGCUCCCCCUCUCCCCAGCCGCGUGGCUCGCAGGGCGGGGUCCCCCCCAGAUUCCCGUCCUGGGAGGCUGGUGGGACGCGGCUCCCCUCCCGGGGGCGCGCCUGCCCGGCUCCCUCCCCCCCUGCUUCGCGGUGGUGGUAUUGGCAGAGGCGGGGCCCACGGGGGGCUUCGCCUGCCGGGGGGGGCGCCGCAAGCCCUCCGCGCCCCCGGCGCGCACUUUCUCUAUUGCACUACGAGGUGGAUGCCCGGAGAGGCCGGGGUGGAGCCGCUCUCGUCUCGGGGCGCCGCCGGGGGGCCUGCGCACGGUUGGCCCAUGCAGCUGCCCCCGUGGAGGCGGGGGGGCGCCCGGCGGGGGGGCCUCUCCAGCUUAACGCUGUGACAUCUCCUUCUAGUUGAGCGCCAGGACCGUUGCGCGAUGCCCGGAGUCGCCCGCCCGCCCCGUCCUUCCGAACCCUCCCCGGCUCGCAGCCACCGGGCCGCCUUUGCAGAAGCGCUGUGAGUGCGAGAUGCCAUAAAUCGGAACCGCAGCCCGCGCCAUCGGUGGCGGGAGCCGCUCGUCCCGCUCCUGACACUACAGUUGCCAGCUCGGUUGACCUUCCUGGACUUGCCACAGUUUCUCGUUUACAUGUAAAGCCGCAGCCAACCGUUCGGUGUGUUUUUAGUUGCCAUGGGGGCGCGGAGAGCCCCCGGGGAGGGUCUCCCCGCUGCCGACCAGCCUGACGGCCCCUGCCGGCCCGGCCCGGCCACUGGCUCGGCCCGCUGCCUUUCCGCCAUGGGACCCACAGCCGCAGGGGCUGCCCGGGGGCUCUCCUGGGCGCUCUGUGCGUGCUUGAAUUCAGGGUGAGUGGGGGCCGGCGGGUGAGGCAGGGUCCUCCCCGUGGGGAAGGCCUUUGGAAACCGAACUGCCAAGGCAGCCGGUGGGGGGGGGGUGCGAGCAGCACCGGGAGAGGGGGCCCAGGGCUGCUCCACUUGGCGAUCCGUGUAAAUUCGUCUCCUGACACUUCGCAAGGAAACACUUAGCUACUAACUCUAGCGUAUGCCUUUGAACACUUGGACGGGGCUCCGAAAUGCAGGUUUUUGUUCCGAAUGUGUUCGUGUCCGAGCGACAUGUUUGUAUAGAAAAUACUCUAAUCUGUGUUGCACUGCUGCUCAGUUCUUUUUUUUUUUUUAAAUCAGUGUGACUUUUUAAAAAGAAUUAGCGAAAGUACCAGCCACUCCGGGUCCUUAACUCGGCUAACGCUUCCCUGCUCCCUCCCUGCUCUGCUCCGGUCGAUCGUAUCGCUGGGAACCCGGGGGGCCCCGCAGCCGCCUCCGGAGAGGGCAGGGCGUGACGCUGGAUUUCCGAGGCCAGGCCGUGCGCUCGACCUCUCUAAGCAUAGCAGUUCCGGGGGGGCAUGCGGGUGUCAAAAGGGGGGGUCCUGUGUGAACAUGGCCAGGUCCUCGGAGCUGCCCCGGCACCCGUGGCCGGAGGAACGGCCCUUCUUGCACCUUUUCCUCGCGGUGGGCAUGAAACCGGUUUCACUCCUUCCCGGAAGGCGACGGGGUUCAGCCGAGACUGGGAGAAUGGGGAGCAGUGCAGGUUAACUGGGAAACUCGCCGGAUUCCCGGGAAGUCUGGAUGGGGUCCUUCUUACGCAGCACCUCAGUAACCUGCUGUUAACGUGGGAUAUUUGUGGGGGGCUGGGUCCGUGAGGGGCGAAUCCGGCCGUCGUCCUUUGGCCCCCACGGAGGGUGACGGUUUGGACGGACUCUGCUCGGGGCCCUCCCCAGACCUCGCCGCCUCCGUGUGAAGCGCUCCGUGGAGCUGCGGUGCUGCUGACGCUCCCCCCCCCGCGCCCCCGCGGCGUCGGUCGCGAUCCAUGUGCUGCUUUCAGCAGAGCCCGUCGUGUCGCCUUCCUCCCCUCCCCUCCACCCCCUUUGCAUUCGCAACGAUGGUGUGCCAGACCCUGGACGAUUCAAUGAAAUAACAUUUUAAUUAAAAUAGUUGGCAAAAAUUGGUUCAGAUCAAUUGGUCUAAGUGGAGUGUGUGUGUGAGAGAGAGACGGAUCGAAGGGAGGGUGGAGGCGAGCCCAGUUUGCUGUUGGGACUCCACCGGUUGUGGGUGGUUUCUUCCCCCCAGAAAAUGAAAUGUGGGGAGGCAGAUGAGGGCACCUGGAUGCUGUCGAGAGGUGGAUGCCCGCUGUGAGGGGCGUGUGGAACGGCCGCUCCGAGGGGCAUGUCUUUCCCGAAUCCAUUUGCACAUUUGAAAGCUUUUUCGCCCGUGGGACGGUCUGUUUAUGUCAUGUGUUCCUUCCACGCUGGUCUUUGGGAGGCUGAUGUUUUCUGCUUGGCGCGCUCUCCCGUUUCCGAAUCGUAAGGCCCCUGCUUCGCAGGCUUGGGGAGCACGUGGCCCCCCAGGAGCUGGGCUGCGGCCGCGAGAAUCCCGGCCGUUGCCUGUGCAGUCUGGGUCGACGGGGCUCUUGCAAUGGCCCGGCCAGGCCAGGAGCUGCCUUCCCGGCGUCCUGCUCCCGGCCCAUGGAGGGGGGCUCCGCUUCCCAGCCGUGCCUCCCCCCUGGGCCUGCCCCGUGACCGAAGGCGGCUGCGCGGGCAGUGAGCGUGGCGGCGUGGUCCCCGUGCCCUUGGUGGCUUUUCUGCGAGGGGGGGCCUCCCUGCCGCGGGUCACCGCCAGCCACCGCCGGCCCUGCGCCCCACGAGGGCCGCUUGUGCUGAGAGUCCGAUCCCCCUGCGUCGGGGUGGAGGGAGGGGGCCGCACGUCAGAGCCCCUCUCCCUCUUCCUGCCCCCGUGGCCCAAAAGCAGGUUUCCUGGGGCUCUGAGAUGCUUCCCUGCCUGGGGGGCGGGGGGGCUCCCGUGGGGGCCGGUCGGUGCUACCCGGAGCCCGUCCCGCGGAGGCAGGCCACCCCGACGCCUUCCGCUUGGGUUGGGGGGUCUGCAGGCGCCCACGCCGGGAAGCACGCGGCUCCGGGGGCGGCAUCUGUCGACCAUCCCUCCGUCGUAUUUGUGCGCGCAGUUGCCUGCCCCUCCAUGCCUGCCGUGCCGCGGUGCACCCCCCCGACAUCUGGGAAUGGGGGUGUCUCUUAGGCCCCUGUCCCUGGGUUUGCGCUGUCAGUAGCAGGCCCAGACAAGCUUGAGCAGCCGGGGAUGCUGGGAAUCGUGGUGCAGCACCGCUGCAGGUGCCCGCGGGAGGAAGGCUGGGCAGGGAGCCGGGAAAAUCACCCCCCCGCUGUCAUCUUGCUGGAUGGGGUGGCACUGCGGGCCGCUCGAGCCCCCGCCGUGCCCGCAGUUUGAGCGCGUGGCUGCCGGCACGUGUGCGCCCGCCGCAGAAGCCCGGCUGGGUGGUCCCGCAACACACGCACCCCUGUGCCUGGGUCCGGAGCGCCGCGUGUGCUCCUGACGGUCGGGCCGCGCCACCCGUAACGCAGGGCUGCGGCAGGAGCCGUGCGGGUCGGGGGGGAGGGCUUGGGCGCCGUGCCCAGCGUCCCCGGGGGUCCGUGCGCCCCACGCACAAGGCUGCUCUCGGCCGGUUGGGCCGGGCCAGUAGCCAGACGGGGGCAGAGGCGAGCCCAGGCGCUCCAGCCCCGUGGCCGGCCUGCCUUCCAGAACGGUGUCGCCACCCUCCUAGGAAGCAGGUCCCCUCAGGGUAAAGACGGUGGCAUCGCUCGCGAGGAGCGGUUGCCCCCAGAUCACGGAGGAAGACGUGCCUUCCACGCUUCCAGCAAGCCGGUCUUCCCGUGUGGCCGCCGGCUUGUCGGAAUGGAAGCCGCCUCUCCCACAGCAGCAGCUGCCCCUCCCUCCCCUCCAAAGAUGUUUUUCUGCUCUUGAUCAUGUGGAGCAUGAGUGCCGUGCCCGCACCCUUUUAAACUCUGCGCUAUCUUUUCCGCGGACCCUUCUCCCCAACUCUUCGGUAAACACACGCGCCGGGGCGAAAGCGUCGUGUCAGCAGUCAGGGCCCGCGUGAACCAGCGAGGUGCCUCACUCGCAGCCGAGUGUCUCUUCGGAGCCGUUCCCCCUCCGCCCGUCCCCUCCGGAUCAGCCGGCAGGCACGUCUGCGGGCCUUUCCCAAGUACUUCCUGCCCGACCCAAACCCAGCAUUUUUUAACCUCUCCACCUACCAAAUGCACCCCGGUCUUCAUGAGGACUGGUGCCCUGCCAACGUUACGGGUGAGUUGGAGCAACACACCUGGUCCCCUCUUCCGGCAAGCAGCUUGUUUGGGGAAUGUAGCGAAAGGAAGAUCUGCAGUUUAUCUGUAAAUAGUAGCUCACAAAUUGGCUUGGGUGUUGCGUGUCAGCGCGCGUCUUUUCUUCCAGACCUGGAGCCUUCCCCUUCUCGCCACCUGCCGUGCUUCCCAGUCCAUUUUUAAAUUAGGGUCGCCUCUCCGUGCCACGGGGCCAGCCGAGAAGCCCACACGGAAGCUUAACAGAGCUUCUUGUUCCCACGUUUGCCUGGUUUUGUCGUGUUUUCUUUCUCUGGCAGGCAUCUCCUCUCCUCUCGGCCCGUCCGUCUUUUCCGGAGCUCGUUUGAGACGUGGCGAGAGCACGCCAGGGCCGGCGUUCAGGGGAGACCGGUGGGCUCCAGGGGUCCCGUCGCUGGCUGCUGACCCCAGCCCUGCGCUGUUUUGGGUCGGCUCCGUGGGACCAAAAGGCAGGGCCCGUGGCCGGGGCUUUUGGCUUGCGGUGCUCGGAUUAUUCCCAGUUUUCCUUUUCAAAAUGCCCCUGCCGCCCAGCCGGUUCCUCCUCGCGCGGACGGAGUCAGGUAGCUUUUUGCUGCAGAUAAGGCCCUGAGGCGUGUGGCCGCCCGCCUCUGAAUUUGCCUCCAGUGAAGGUGUGGGGUGCGUGCCCCACUCGCCCGCCCGCCUGCCCGCUUGUGCGAAGCGGCGCCUCGCCCGUGGCUGCGAUGUGGGUUCAUGCAGGCGUGUCGCUUCUCCCUCCCCACAGCCCCACGUUCUGCCCCCCCCCCCCAUUUGCCUCGCCCCUUUCCGGCCCAGGCUGCAUUUGCUCCUGGCCUCCCCAGAGCGGAUUUGAACAAACUCCAGUUACAACUCUUAAAACUAGUGGUGCAUCGGCCCACGUGGGAAGAAGCGGAAAUAGUUACCGAAAUGAUGGGGUGGGGGGGUGCUUCCCUUCUAAAAGUAGCCAACACCUGUGCAUCGCCCGACACCUUUGGGUGCUCCGGAUCCGCCCUGGCCGCUCAGUGCUGCGCAGGUGGAGGGGGGUGCAGGUUACCUGUGCCAGGUGGGGUCUCGUAGCCGCCUCUGCCAUAAUGGGCAAGGCAGGGGGCAACCGAACGGAGGCCUCGGGCUGGUGUGAGCUGUGAAUAGUGUACAUUUGACAUUUUAAACAAGUGGAAACGGACGCUUGCUUGUCUUGUGAAGAUUACUUUAACAACAAGAGAGACUUGCUUUCUAAUGACCUGUUGCUUCAGCUUCAGUAGAAGUUUACCCCACGGGGUAAAACCAAUUUCAAAAGCAUCUUGAAUGUAUAAUUCUCCAGCCACCCCCCACAGCAGCCAGCCGCCCGGCCGCUCGGUUUCUUAAUUUCCCUGCAAUCAGGAGUCCCACCCCAUGGCUUCACAACUCCAGCAUGAUAUCCUUUCUCCCCCACCGUCCCCACGCCUUCCACUUCACAACCUGCUGAUGCUUUGACGCUCCCUGUUUCUGUCCCCCGUUUGCAGCUUGCCGUGCAAACAUCUGGCCAUUCAAAUUAAUUUUUGACAGUCCGUUCCAGUCACCCAUCCAAAAGGAGACUGGAAAAGGAGAGUGCCGGCUCUUGUUGCACAGUUCUUAAAAGCGAUGGGAUGGGGGCAAGUUCACUGCCCCGUUACUUUUGGGGAGAGGGUUUUGGAGAGCAAGCGAGGCGAUGGCUGCAGGAAAACGGGGGGCUUUGAGAACAGAGAGCGAGCGAACCCAGCGGCUCUGCACUAGCUUGGUAGGCGCAGCUUCUCCUACAGGUCACAAGGAAUCCUUUCGGCUCAACCCUGCAAUUUUUCCAAGCGUUUUGGACCACCGCUCUAUCCAGCCGGUAGAGCGGUCUGUAGAAACGAAAUCCACAUGGACGGGCAGGCACACUAAAGAGGAAACCCGGAGCGAAUUAUUCCGAAAGACACUAAUCCAAGGCCCGGCUCUCAACGACAGGACAGCUCACACGUUGCAUAGAAGAAUUGGCCGUUCAGGGAUCCCCGGCCGCCUCCGUUGCCUUGGCGGGGUUCCCGUUUCAUUUCUUUCAAGUUGGGUUCAGAGAUCCCUGGCCAAGCCUCCUCCCCGGCGGGCUGGUCACACCCGGGCACGGAAAUGGGCAGGCCAGGAGGGUAGUUUUCCUAGGCGCCGGCUUGGCAUACUGAGCGUGAACGACUCCCAGCUUUUGCGCCCCACGCCGAGCGAUGUGCGUUUCCCCACUGGGCAAAGUGUGGCGUGAGUGCUUUUGUACGAUAAUUCUUGUCAGUAUUCCGGUAUUCUUCUGGUUCAGACGUACAUAAUAGCUCAUAUAUAACCUGUAUUAAUUGUAUAGAUUGUGCAUUUAAAGCUGUUACCAAGCUGUUGGGGGCCAGGGGACACGGGAAAGAGGUCAUCUGUAAUAUUUUGUUUGUAAGUAUCCUUUGUAUCAUAGCAAAGGAAAUGUUUAAAAAAAUUGAGCUGUAAUAAAGUAAUUUUAGUA